GCCAACCUUUCUCUCUCAUUUCAAUUUCUGCUCCUCUGCAGCACAAGCCACCUUAACAUUUCUGCUUCAAACUCAUCAACCUCAACAACGAACAAAUUACCAACUCGCUAACUCACUUGACUCGCUCUUCAAUUCAACUCAAUACUCUCUUCCAUUUCAUUUUCUCUACCUCCCAAACCCUAGAUCCGAUCAAUUCAAAACCCGAUCAGAUCCAAUCCAAUUCAAAUUCACCCAAAUGUCGUGUCUAGCCCUCUCUCUCCAACCCGUCAACGGAUCCGACAUCCUCCUCCAAACCCGAGAAUGGUUCCCUCCGACCCGAGCCCUCGCCGCCCUCUCCGCCUUCCGUCAAACCCGCGAAAUCUUUGCCGCCACGAAACGCCUCCACACACAUCAAGCCCAUCAAUCCCAACCCUCCGUCUCCCCCUCUGUCGACCACGACGCCGCUCUCGAAUCCAUCGCCUCCCUCGGCGAUGAUCCCCUCGCCGCCUCCAGCGGCCAGCUCAUCGUCGGCGUUGAAUCUCGGUACCGCGUCGUGUAUCGUCUCGUCAACUCCAUCUACGUCCUCGGCAUCACCAACGCCGAUCACGACAACUCAAUCAAUGUCUUCGACUGCAUUAACACCGUUAAUCAAGCCGUUAGUGUCAUUGUGACAGCGUGCCGUGGCGUGGAUGUCACUCCCGAGAAACUUAAUCGUAAGUACGCUGAAAUCUAUAUGGCUUUAGAUAUUGUCCUACGUGGCGUUAGUAGUAUACGUUUAGCUGCAAUGUUGGGUUCAAUGCACGGUGACGGAAUUGCGAAGAUGGUUCACUCUGCAUUAGACACGGAGAGUAAGAUUCGUGGGGCGGAUCAUUGGAGUUCUGUUGAGAUUCAUUCGCUCGAGCAUUUGGCGGCGGUUGAUUCAUUUUCGAAUGCUCGGUUUGAAGUCCCGGCUGAGACUAUUGCGGCCGGAGAUGAGGUGGCAGCUACUCUUGUUGUGCAAACUGCUAAUGAGCAAGAAAAAGAUAAGGAAUUGGAGAAGAGUGAGGAGUCUAAUGUUGAGAAGGACCCAUUUGCGGCGAGUGAAGUGGUGAAUAAGGAGGAGGAACUUGUUGGUGGGUUUAAGAAGAAUAAGGGUUCGUCGACUGAUUUGACUGUGGCGUUAGCGGGAUUAGAAGUUACUACAUUGCCGCCGGCUGAGGCUACGCAGUCGACUCAUAUUAAUGUGGAGGGUUUUGAAGGGGAGUAUGGUGGUAUUGAGUUUAGUAAUGAUAAGGCUACGAUGGAGGAGACUUUUGAAGGAUUUACUGGAGCUUGGGGUGGUGGAUUGGAUGCUUCUGAGUUUAUUGGACCAAAGAAGAUUGCGAAAAAGGAAGGGCUUAGUGGGCUUGAACUGUUGCAAACUGGUCCUGAUGCUCCGGCUAAGAAGGCUGAUGGAGCUGCAGAGACUCCACUUGAGAAACUUUUGGUGAAAAAGACUGAAAUGAAGGGUCCUGAAAUGUAUAUUGUGGAGCAAAUUAGUGCAGAGUUCAGGGAAUCAUUGCUUGCUAGAACAGGGUUAAUGGGUGUGGUUUAUUUGAGAUCAUUGCCCAAGAAAACUUCUGGUGACGAUAAAGAAACUGAGUUCUCAUUUCGUGUUGAUGGUACUAGUGGGGUUAAGAGAUUUGUUAUGCAGAGUAGUAAAGUUAGUAGUCUAGGUAAUGGGAUGUUUCAUGUGAGAACAGCUCCAUCUGAUGAGCCAAUUCCCAUUUUGAAGUAUAGUUUACUUCCUAGGAUGACACCAUUGCCUUUAAGAGUUCGCUUGAUAAAAAGACUUAGUGGGACUUUGCUUUCUGUGAUGAUACAGUAUGUUUCAAACCCUGACUUGCCUACACCAUUACAUGAUGUAACGUUUGUGUUGAAACUACCGGUUGAUCCUACAUUGUUGAAAGUUUCGCCUAAAGCUGUGUUGAAUAGAACUGAUAGAGAAUUGAAGUGGCAUGUACCAGCGAUUCCAGUAAAGGGUUCUGUUGGCCGGCUGAGAGUAAGAAUGCCUGUGGAUUCUAUUGAGGAAGAUGGUGGGGAAGAGCUUGAUGUUAUUGGUUAUGUAAAAUUUUCUGGAGAAGGGAUGUUAUCAUUAUCUGGGGUUUGUCUACGGCCUGCUACUGAAGGUAAGACAGACUUUUAUGAAGUUGCUUACAAGUAUGAGACUGGGGUUUACAUGUGCAAUUAACACAUUUGUUAUGUUCCAUUUUUGCUUUUUAAUUUUUUUGGGAGGGGAAUCAAGCGGCUAUGUGGUUUGAUUGUGUCUGUAGCAUUCUUUGAUUACAAGCUUGUAAUUUAGAUCGAGAUUUAUGUAAAAGCUUUGUGUCUUUCUGUUAUCA